AUGCUGACAAUCGAUCUUAGACUCCUUGAUGCUACCGCCCAGGAACAAUACUACACCAAGAUUGUAGAACGAUAUAUGACAUUUUGCUCCGACGCUGGUCAACGUGAUGAGCUGCUCCGGAGGUUCUCGUCGCUCGACAUCGGGGAGGAAUCAGCUUUAAGCUCGGCAAGACGUCGUCCAGACAGCCCAUCAUCCCUGGAGGUUUUGCAAGGCGCCGCGGGCACAAAGGCCCUCGCGGAGAAUGCUGUACGGUUCUAUCGACUGAGAAAUGAUGUCGACGGGCACAGAGCGAGGAUUAUGGACUGGGCCGAGGCGGACAUGAGGACUCACGCUCUUAAGUGCAUUGGGAAGACGUACAUGUCAAUUGAUCUCGAACUUCUAGAGAGAAUGACUGGUUCCACUUUGGAUGAUUUAAGGACGACUAAUGAUGUGGGAUGGGAGCUGGAUGGCAGACGAGUCAUCAUUCGAAAGCCAAGGUAG